AUGGCGGUAGCCAUUCCCUCCACCAUGAAGGCGUGGCUCUGGGAUACAACUAGCGGAGGCCUCGAGCAAAACCUCUACCAGUCGAACACAGCCACGCGACCCGGCCAAACGCUGCAACCCAACCAGGUGCUCGUGAAAGUUAUUUCAAUGUCUCUAAACCCCGCCGACUACAAAGUUCCGGAAAUGGGCUUGAUCUACAAGUGCGUGGUCUCAACACCAGCUUCGCCCGGUAUGGAUUUCUGCGGCACUGUCGCUGCGACUGGCUCCGGGGUGACCAAUGUCAAAGUCGGUCAGCUCGUUUUUGGCUGCGUGGUUAUGCCGAUACAGCAUGGAUCGUUGGCGGAAUACCUCGUAAUCCAAGAAGAUCUGCCUGUUCCUGUCCCGGAUGGCGUUGAUGCCGAUCACGCCGCCGCGGUUGGUGUUGCAGGCCAGACAGCCUUGCAGGUGAUUGAAGGGCAAGUCAAGGCAGGUGACCAUGUCUUUAUCAAUGGUGGCUCUGGUGGUGUCGGUAUUUUUGCUAUUCAGAUUGCCAAAGCUCUCGGGUGCCAGGUGACGACCACGUGCUCAACUCGCAACGUCGAGCUGCUGAAAAGCAUCGGCGCCGACGAAGUUCUCGACUACACGAGUGUUGAUAUUGUCGACCUUUUGCGGAAGCGAGGUCCGCUGUUUAGCUUGUGCCUGGACAUGAUCGGCAAACCGACCGAGCUGUACCGCGAAAGCCACAACUUUCUCCUCCCUGGAAAGCGCUUUUCACAGGUAGGAAACGAUUCACAUCUAUCUACUGCUGCGCGUUUGAUUACCCCCAAGAUUUUUGGGGGUGGACAGCGGCCUUAUCAGCUGGUCUUCUUCAAGAACCGCCCCGAAGACUUGAAAAAAAUCGGAGACUGGAUGCAGGAAGGCAAAGUCAAAACGGUGUUAGAUAGCGUGUAUGAAUUUGACGAUGCAGUCCAGGCAUAUGAGAAACUGAAGAGCCAUCGGGCUCGAGGAAAGAUUGUCGUCCAUGUCGCUCCCAGGUCGACAAAGUCUUCGUCAAAUGCCAGCUUCACUGACAAGUCUGAAGAGAAGCACAAAGCAUGCCAGAAAAGGCACUCGGGCCCGGUUAUCCUCGCCAGCAAGCUUAGUCUUGCAGACAUCCAGCAUCUGUUAGACUUCAAAUACCGACCGGAGCAGGAUAAACACCGAUGGAAACUGCACAGGAAUGGCGAGAGGAAGCUCCACACUCUCGUGGUCAACAAGAUCAACAAAGUGCAAGCCGCCGAUUGUGAGACUUUGCAACGGGCUAUCAUGAUGACCGACGCUCUUUUAGAUGAUCAGCUGCUUGCUCUAAAAAAUAAAGAUAAUCUCCGAGACAAUCUGUUACUGGCAAAAAGUGAUCAGGUCUUCUUCCGCUCAGCAGAUGGUUCGCUUGAAAUCACUGGGUUUCCCGAUCGAGCGAUCGGCUUCAAACCCCAACAAGGCGACAUGCGUAUGGUCGUUGUGAUACGCACUGCUACCCCAAUCAGCUUUGCUUCCACAAUGACAGAGCUAUUUUUCUAUUUGUACGGCAUGUUUGACCUUCUUCCUGGGACUGUGGCGCCGCAACAAAAGACUUUUGGGUUCGUCACUGAUUCUGUCAAUUUUCAGUUCGCCAUGAUCGGACCGGAUCGUGUGCUACGAGUUUCGGAGAAGCUUAACUGGGUUGCGCAUCAGCAGUUAAUCCUUGAGUAUCUUGACCAUGGAAUUGAAGAUGUGCUUCUGGCUGGAUGUCGUGCUGCAGUAGGGGGGUACGAAUGA